AUGGAACAGAUUUCGCUUGGCCAUCGAUAUAAGGAGUGCAGGCCACAAAGGACUAGCAGCUGUCCAGCCAAACUACUUGUUGGGAAGGAUGUACUGAAAGAAUUGGAGGAAAGACGGUCAUCCCCCAGUGUGGUCGCAAAACUGAUGGGAAUUGACGUAUUGCCACCUACUUACAUAGCCCAUAAAAGACAUCAACAAUUCAAGGAUGUCUUUGAAGUGUCGGAGGAGCUACCGGAGACUUUCACAAAAGAGAUGUCGUAUCAUUGCCCUAAAGGUCUGCCAAGCUUGAAGAGGAGCGCAAUGAAAUUAAAAAAGCUUAUGCCGUCAAAGUCUCCCUAUUGUAAUGGAACAUUUGAUAAUGACGUGGAGUACAGCAAUGGCUUGGAUCGCUUGAACCCACUUGAAAUAGACAAUCCUUUGUUUGAGAAGUGCCCCCGCGAUGUGAAUUAUUCCCCAAAUAAUCAGCAUGAGAAAGAUAUCACAGGCACUUUCAGGAAGUACCCAGUGGGUUUAGCUAAUUCCUCACUUAAAGAUAUAAAAGAUCUGCCGAGAGGGAAUUACGGAGAUUUCAACAACAUUGUCGUUCUGGAGCCUGGCUUGGGAAACAGGCAUGAUCCGGAGAACUCUUUUUCCAUGUCGUUGCUCUCUCAUGACAAUUGCAAUUCCAGGAGAAAUAGGAAGAAGUUGGCUGAGUCUGUUGUAGUGAGCAAUGAGAAAGUUUCACAACAUCUUUUAAAUACUGUUAAUGUGGCUAGAAAAAAAGGAGAAAGAUACUUGACUAGUGAUGCCAUCAAUUCUCUGUCAAAGGGAGAAGAGCCAUCAUUUGAUCAAUUCAACAUCAUAGAUAUGAAUAGCACCGGAUCAUUUCAGAUGUAUUCUGGCGGUGACAUUAACUCCAGGCAAAACAACAAGUCAUCAUCAAGUAGCUUACCUGGGAAAUCCUUUCGGAAGUAUGAUGAAGGCGAUGUCGGAUCGAGAACUCUUGCACAGAUGUUUGCUUUAUCUGAUUCAGAGAGGGUAAAGAAAAAUUUGAACCCGCAUGCUCAGAUUCAACACAACAAAGUUGACCAGGGCAAAGGCCACAACAAGGAAGGAUGCUUUAUAGUUUUACCAAAGCAUGGAUCUCCACUGUCUCUUCACACCUCAUUGGACAGGAGUUCUUCCUGUGAAGGGUCUCCUAACAGUGAAAUUUUCCCAGAUCCUUCAGUUAGUUACAACAACGGCAAGGUUACCUUUGAUUCUUUUCUGGCCAAACGAAGGCUCAAGCAAAUUGCCAGCGGGAGGCAAAAUAACUCAAGGAAUGCUUCUGUGGUAAAAAGUCUUGCCUUGGAACAGCGGAGACCUGCUUCUCCUUCUCUUGAUGAUUUCAGGUGUCAUUCAUGGCAUCCAUCUGAUAAUGUUUCAACUUCUGACUGCAUAAAUGAGAGAGUAUUGUUCGCGACAGACGAGGGGUUAAUCCACGAGCCUGCUGAAACUGUGCCUUCUGCGUUUCAAUUGCAAUUAUCUAGGAAACAGAAGGUUUCAGCAACGCCUUUGCAGUUUUAUGACUGUGAAUCCAUAUCUAUUUCUAAUCAUGAUGAUCUGGCAAAGUCUCGUAAAGGAUUGGAAGAGUUUGAGCAGCCGAGCCCAGUGUCCAUUCUACAGCCCCCAACUGAUGAAGACAGUUGCUGUUCUGGAUUCUUCAAGAAUGACUUGCAAGAAAUGCCCAGUGUGGAGACACAAAUGGACCAUCGUCGAUUCCGAGAUGAACCUGAAGUCUCCUCCAUGUCAUGUGAUGAUGGCAAUGAUUCUUCUUACAAAUCUUUGGAAGCAUUUCAGGUUGAGGAGGACAGGGACUUCUCAUAUCUCCUUGAUAUUCUUAUAAGCUCUGGUAUGAUAGUUUCAACUGACUGGCAGCUCUUGUGCAAGUCAUGGCACUCAUCUAGUUUCCCUGUUGGUCCCCAAGUCUUUGAGAGGCUUGAGAGCAAGUACGCCACAAUUACUUCAUGGCCAAAGCCAGAGAGGAGACUUAUGUUUGAUCUUGCAAAUUCUGUUCUCUCCGAUGUCCUUGCACCUUGCACCAAUAUACACCCAUGGGUGAGUUCUACCAGACAGUGCAGGCCUAUCUGGGGCCCUGAAGGGCCUGUUGAGAAGGUCUGGCAAAUGAUUGUCAGGCAGCAGGAGGAGCUGGCGAUAGGCCAUCCUGAUGACAAGGUUCUGGAUCCAAACUGGAUGGAACUUGGUGAUGACAUAUAUAUGGUGGGCAACCAGAUAGCCAUCAUGUUACAUGCUGACCUCUUGGAAGAAGUCAUAUUGGAAUUCCUGUCACUCUCAGGGUCGGUCGCUGCAUGUAUGUAG